CAGGUGGUUGGGCCAUGGAUGAAGUAGUACCACGGUGAAGUAGUAGAUGAAGUAGUAAGUAUGGAUAGGUAGUAGGUAAUCUAUGGUUGGGCUAAGGCAAGCACGACUAAGCUGGGGUGUCUCACGAGCACAUGUUGGUAUGAGCACACAUGAGAGUCUGAGACACGGGCAUGAGUCACUGCUUGUAGCAAAAGGUUGCUCAAUCGAUUCGUAAGUAAAAGGCAGUUUUUUAAAUCUGCGACUUUCCGACCUGUCGGCUGUCAGACUACGACUUGUAUAAAUCGGACCUGUCAAAGGUCCGAUAGAUCUAUAGAUGGCCUUGGUCAAAGGAUGAGUAAUGGUAUUAUCCAUUGGAAUCUUUAUGAAUCUCGUCAUUAUCCUUUGAAAUAAGAAUUUAGUGGCGGUGUGCUAAUUUACGUCUAGACAUCUACUGCGCACAAGUGUCAAAAUAUUGCAUGUGGUGGUGUUGCUGCGCUGCGCAUUAUUUCUUUCGGUGGUGAAGCUUUGGCACGUGGUGCUGGUGGUCGCCGUGUUAUUCUAUGACGCUAUGACCGUGGUGGAGUUCAGUUUCAUCCGUUUCAUCCGUGGUCAUCUGUACGCAUUCUCAUUCACCACUCCAUUGAAUAAGCUAUAAACUUGUAUUCGUCUUGGAUCAUCAUUCUGUGCCACCACUACCAGGUCAACUAUGGAUAUAAUGGAAGGACAGUUCAGUGAUGCAGAUGAUGAUCAAACAGCACUGGAAUCAUCCAACAUUUCCAACAAGCAGGGUGCAUUUCAGCCAGCAGUGUCUGCUGUUACUGGAGGCUUGGCUGAACUGAGCACACAUGCCUCUGAGUUGUCCGAGGAGGUGUCAAGGGCGACCAAGGAAGACACAGUCUUUACAGAUGACCAGGACCUGGAUGAAGACUACCAGAGUGAUGAGGAUGCUGAGUUCUAUGACUGGGAUCCAUCCUGCAAGAAGGAUUUGACCAAGGAGUAUUUGUCUCAUCGUGGAGCCUCACAGGCUGGUGGAACUGCGGGAGGCGGUGGCAAGAACUUCCAGCCGUCAAAGAACCUUAUGAUGCGCUACAGCAACCGUAUCAACCUGGACCGCUACGACGGCCCGCGGGUAUCGCACGCCGUCAGGAACCAGAUCUCUGAGGCAGCCAAGAGGGAUGACUCGGCCAGGAUCCGCACCAAGGACAAGAAGGACCGUGCCACUGUGGAGCAGGUGCUGGACCCGCGCACCAGGAUGAUCCUCUACCAGCUGAUGGACAGGGAGUACUUCACAGAGAUCAACGGCUCCGUCUCCAUGGGCAAGGAGGCUAACGUGUUCCACGCCAGCGGCGCUCCCCCGCUGAACGAGGAUGGCACGGGCACAGAGCGCGCCGUCAAAAUCUACAAGACCUCCAUCCUGACAUUCAAGGACAGGGAGAAAUACGUGGCCGGCGAAUUCAGGCAUCGUCACGGCUACAGCAAGCACAACCCGCGCAAGAUGGUGCAGACAUGGGCCGAGAAGGAGAUGCGCAACCUGACGCGCCUGACGCGUGCCGGCGUCCCGUGUCCCCAGCCCGUGCUGCUGCGGAGUAAUGUGCUCGUCAUGGGCUUCAUCGGCGAGCAGGGACGCGCCGCGCCCAAACUGCACGACGCGUCCAUCAGCAGCUCGAAGGCGCGCGAGCUGUACCUGGACGUGGUGAAGAUGAUGCGCACCAUCUACCACGAGUGUCGGCUGGUGCACGCCGACCUCAGCGAGUACAACAUGCUGUACUUCAAGGGCCGUGUGUACAUCAUUGACGUAUCACAGUCGCUGGAGCACGACCAUCAGAACUCGCUGUUCUUCCUGCGCAAGGACUGCACCAACAUCACCAACUACUUCACCCGACUGCAGGUGGCCACCAUGACCGUCCGAGAGCUGUUUGACUUUAUCGUGGACCCCAACAUCGGGGCCGACAACCAGGCCGACUACUUGUCGCGAAUGAUGGCCGUGACGGCCGAGCGCGGCCAGCUCACCAACCAGCAGAUCGUCGACGAGGAGGUCUUCAAGAACGCCUACAUACCCAAACGGCUCGACGAGGUGUUUAACGCCGAGCGUGACAUAAAGCAGGCGAAGUCUGGCGAGCGUGAGCUCAUCUACUCGACCAUCACGGGCAUCAAGCCGGACCUGUCGGCCGUGCAGCUGGUGCCCACGCGGCUCGGACAGACGGCGGGCCACUCUGAGGGGGAGGAAGGGGAGGAAGGUGAUGCGAGCGGCUCCUCGGGUGAGGAGGACAGCGAGGACAGUGAGGACGAGGACGGCGGCUCAAAGUUCGUCAACUCACGCCGGCCCAGGGACGAGUCGCCUGACAGUAAAAAGGAGAGAAAGAAGGCCGUAAAGGAACAGAAGGCAGAAAAGCGGAAAAGCAAGGUGAAAAAGCACAUCAAGAAAAGGAAAGAGAAGGAAAACAAAAAGAAGUAGUGCACCUUGUUGAGUACUGAUUUAUAAGAAUUGUUUACAUAUAUUGUUCUCAGAUGCAUCUCUCGGGUAAGCAGAAGGCGAUGGUCUGCCAUUAUGGUCGCAUCUUGUCGAUUCAGGCGGGGUAUGUCUCCUCUCCGAUCAGGGGUCUGCUGCCCACUGGGCUACUCAGGGGGGCGGGGCAGAGCCUCCGGGGACGACCUUUGUGGCCAGCCCGGGCGGGACAAACGGCGGGCUUAUUUGCUGCCUGCUGGUCCCGAGGGAUUGGGUUUACCCUAAGAGAACGGUGUGCUAUUCAACUGUGUCCAGGCUGGGCGGAGCAAGCGCUGGGAAGGGGGUCAAUUGUUGUCCAGGCGGGUUUGGUCUGCUGUCCACUGGUUACCCAGGGGCGGAGUAGACCACACACAAUGCAGGGAAGGAAGUUGGCUCCGCUAGCUGAAGGCAUGACCUGUGGGUGGGACAUGAGGUGCCUUCCGCACUUUGUGCUAUGGUGUGUCUGUGUCAAGGUGUCGUCUUCUCGCUGGGUGUGCGCUCCACGUUAGUCUAAUUUAUUGUUGGUCCGGUUUUAGCAACAUUUUGUACCAUGUUCAUGACUGUUUUAGUCAUGCCCAUUGACAAAAUACAACCCCAGUGACGUGA